GCUUUGCCCGCUGCUCGAGACUCUCUGCUAACGGCAUUGCGCUCAGCUUCCAGCUCCCAACCCUCACCUUCGACAGCUCGCGACCUCUCCGCUGACCGUCGAAAAGUCGCUGAAGGCCCCUAGCCUACCCAACACAAGACAUGUCAUCUACUGAGGCUGCCGAGGAGAGCACUGUGGCUCAGGCCCAGGUGGACGGCAGCGGCCCGCCAGGAAACGGCUCUGCGCUACAGGAACCCGAGUUCAGCGUCGAGGUCAAGCUGGCAGACCUGCAGGCCGACCCGAAUAACCCGCUGUUCUCCGCCAAAUCGUUCGAGGAGCUGAACUUGUCUGAAGAACUGCUCAAGGGCAUCCGGCAGAUGAACUUCCGCAAGCCGUCAAAGAUCCAAGAGAAGGCGCUCCCGCUGCUCCUCCUCAACCCGCCCACCAACAUGAUCGCGCAGUCGCAGUCUGGUACCGGCAAAACCGCCGCCUUCUCCCUCAACAUUCUGUCUCGAAUCAAUCUGGGCCUCGUCGCUCCGCAAGCCUUGGUCCUCGCACCGAGCCGAGAGCUCGCCCGCCAGAUUCUGGGCGUUAUUACACACAUGGGUCAGUUCAUCGACGGACUCAAGACACUGGCUGCUAUUCCGGAUCCCACGAGGCGGGGCCAGAAAUACGAAGCCCAUGUUCUUGUCGGCACACCAGGGACUGUCACCGACAUGAUUCGGCGGCGACUCAUCGAUUCGAGGAACAUGAAGAUCCUGGUGUUAGACGAGGCAGACAACAUGCUGGAUCAGCAGGGCAUGGGCGAGCAGUGCACUCGUGUGAAGGGUAUGCUGCCCAAAGAUAUCCAAACGGUCCUCUUCUCUGCGACCUUCCCGCCGCACGUCAUCAACUACGCCAACCGGUUCGCGCCAAAUGCGAACGUGCUGACCCUCGCACAUGAGGAGCUUACAAUCGAGGGCAUCAAGCAGCUGUACAUCGAUAUAGACAAGGAUUCGGACAAGUUCGCGACGCUCCUCAAGUUCUAUGGUCUCAUGACCCAGGCAUCCUCCAUCAUCUUUGUUCGGACCCGCAAAACCGCUGAAGAGCUUGAGACUCGCAUGGUCGCCGAAGGACACAAAGUCGCGCAGUUGAGUGGUGCUCUAGAAGGCCCGGAGCGUGACCGGAUCAUCGACCAGUUCCGGACAGGCGAGGCAAAGGUUCUCAUCACGACGAAUGUGCUGGCACGUGGCAUCGACGUUCAGUCCGUUACUAUGGUCAUCAACUAUGAUGUGCCCACUAUGGCAGACGGCAGGACCGCAGAUCCGGAGACCUAUCUCCACCGUAUCGGCCGUACCGGCCGGUUCGGACGCGUGGGUGUCGCCCUGACCUUCGUCCAUAACAAGGCUAGCUGGCAGCAGCUCCACGAUAUCGCCAACUACUUCAAAACGGACCUGCACCCUAUCGACACAAGUGACUGGGAUACGGUUGAGGAAAUGAUUCAAAAGAUCAUCAAGAGCUCCAGGGCUGGCAAGAGCACGAAGGAGAUGACGUCGGAGAUUACCGCUGGAUCAUGAGCGGCAUUAGCACACGAGCCGAGCAGUUAGAUCACGAGCAGAAUACGAACGGACGAGGGCAUGAACCAUAUGAAGACAUUCAGGAUCAAUAAUCCUCACUCAGAUAGAUAUGGAAAAUUCGAGAUACCCCUCCCAAUAUGCCCGAACGCCGAUGCAGAUGCGUCCUCUUUUUUCAACUCUCAAAAGCCCGCGGUGCGAUAGCCAAAAUAACAACCAGACUACUCAAUAUCAGAGCGCCCGCGACGGCACUGACUACCAAUAUGCUGCCCCUACUGGCGGGGAACUUGCCCCUUAUAACGUAGUGCUGGGCCUCG